AUGUCAUCCCACGGAGUAAAUAUUAAAUCAAGCAAUAGUAGUGAUUCUUCAAAUCCAAUGAAAAAAAAAGUGGAAUUAUUGGUUUCGCAGAAACUACACACCGACCAGGAUUUUUUGAAAAUGAUCGAUUAUGUUGCACCAAUGGUGAAUGAAAUUGAUAUUCAUGUGGAACGAAGGUUGAUGUAUGAGUUAGAAGAACGAAAAAUCAAAGCAAAUCGGGAGUAUAUGAAAACUUUUGGACUAGUAAAUGAUCGGGUGCAAAGUUUUGCGGCCAAAGUUAAGCAGCUGAAUAGUAUAUGUCAAGAUAUGACGAAUAAAAUACAGUCAAAUAAAACGAAAACACAAGAUUUAUUAGCAAGAACUGCUGCAUUGCAGAAUGAGAAGAGAACACUUGAGAAAAAGCAAGUGGCAAUUGAUGAUUUCUUGAAUCGUUACUCAUUAACACCUGAAGAGGAAGCAGCUUUGAAAGGUUCCGAAACUGACGGCACAGUUGAUACAAAGUUUUUUGCGGCAUUAGAACGUGUGAAGCAAAUCCACGAUGACAGUAAACAGCUUCUUCGAUCUUCUGGAGAGCAUCUUGCAGCGUUGGAAAUAAUGGAAGAAAUGGCAAAUAAAUUGGAAGAAGCUUAUGAAGUGCUUUAUCGUUCAAUUCAGCGUGAAUGUCGAUUACUUAAUGUGGAAUUCUUAGAACUGAAAGGAGUUUUGGUACAAUCAGUUGCAGCGCUUCAAGAUCGUGAAGUGCUUUUCAAGUAUGCCUUAGAUGAGUAUACUAUGGCACGGAGAAACCAUGUAGUACGAGCAUAUAUCGACGCAUUGACACGAGGAGGUGCUGGAGGUUCUCCCAAACCAAUUGAAUUGUUAUCUCAUGACCCAUUGAGAUAUGUGGGUGAUAUGCUUGCAUGGAUUCAUCAGGCGAUGGCUACCGAAAGAGAACUUUUGCAAACAUUGCUGAAAUUAUGUAGCUUAGAUGGUAUUAUAUUUUUUUUACGAAGUUUUUAUGUGUCUCUUUUAUUGACAUUGGGUGGACAGCAUUAUGACUUGUUGCUUUGUGAGCCUAUUUUGCUGUUUUGUCUAGCACAAGAGAUGGAUCCCACCGAAUCAGUUUUAAAAGAAAACUGCGUCGGUAUACAGAGCCAAAUUUCCGAAGCACUUUGUCGCCCGUUUAAAGUUCGUGUCGAACAGGCUCUUGUAACGGAAACGAAUUGUAUUGUGCUUUAUCGAUUGUCUUGUCUUUUUACUUUCUACCUCGAAACAAUGGCAACGUCUUUGAACUCGGAUUCGUUGUUAAUUCAAACUUUUAAAGAGCUGAAGGAAUUGACAUUAAAUUUAUUUUUUAGUGGAUUACAUUCUGUAGUUCAAAAGCUUGUUGGAAAGAUGGGUACGCCUGAUUAUGAUUUGCUUCCUGUAUCCGCAGUUCAUCAGGUACUGACGUUGCUUAAAGAUGUUCUGGAAUCACAUGAUGGUGCCAUCGCUGCUGUGCCUGAUAAAAAAGAAAAUUUUGAGAAGAUCUUUACAAUCGUUUUGGACCCACUAAAUCAAGCAGUGCAGUUGUCGGCGACGCAACUUCAUUCACCUAUUGAUGUUGCCGUUUAUACUCUUAAUUGUCUUUCCGCUAUAAAUGCUGCUAUUAUACUUUAUCAGUUCACGGAUUCACGUCUUGAAAUGAUUAAAGCUCAGAUUGAUGCAAACGUCGAUGUACUUGUUAGUGAGCAAGCUACCUUCAUUAUAACACAGACAGGACUAAUUGAACUAUAUCGGAAAGCCGCAGCUCAUCAACCAAGCCAGGUUUGA